AUGUACUUUGCUCCAACCGCGGCAUCGGCAGUAGCCCUCGAACUUCCCCAACGUGGAGCAGACAUAGUCAUAACCUACGUUUCCAAUGCCACGGCAGCCGAGUCCGUCGUUGAGCAGAUUCGUGCCCUAGGCGCACGCGCCAUCGCCCUCAAAGCCGACGUAUCACAGGAAGAAGAGGUGAAACCCAUGUUCGAGACGUUGCACCGCGAAUUCGGCCGUCUCGACAUCGCAGUCAGUAACUCAGGUAUCGAGCAUUUUGGAGUUCUCUCCGAGGUUAGGGGCAGCGACAUCGAUGCUAUCUUUGCGGUGAAUGUCAAGAAUCAAUAUCUCGUCGCUUAA